AUGGGAGGCAAUCAUUCUUCCUUGGUGGCUUCCGUGUCUGCGGUCCCCUUGGCUCUUGUCCCGGUGCAAAGUGCAACUACCAUCUACCCAGAUAGCACUUUGCACUCCGUCGUUGCUUUUUCCGACGACUUUGAGGGAUCUGCGCCACAAUUCAAACAUACACGCUACAGAAUCGAUGGCAGUGGCUCGAUUACCGCAGUAGCCAACCCGGUAUUCCACGGACAGCAAUCGGCCAAGUUUACCUUGCCCAAUGACGGAGUCUCUUGGCGAUCCGAGAUAGCAAAGAAUUCACUGGGAUACGGAUCCUUCUCUUUCUCAUUCGUCAAUUAUCUUCCCACAGACUGGGUAGAUACGUCCUUUAACACUAUUGUCGCCCAGUGGCAUGGGUUUAAACUCACAAAUGGCCAAAAUACGAACCCCCCGAUCGCGCUCUCUGUCAGGGAUAUGCGUUGGUCACUACAUGUGUGCCACCUAGAGAACCCGAACGACAGCAAACCAAAGGCUCGAACGUACGACCUCGGUCAAAUCGCGAAGGGUGAAUGGAACCAGUGGUAUUUUCGGAUUGAUUGGUCCCGCCCUGAGUUAAACGGCACAAUAACGGUAAUUCUUAAUGGUAAAACCGUUGCUGUGCAUAAAGGAUCAAAUAAUUACCAUCAAACUGAAGCUCCGUACUUCAAGCAGGGCAUAUAUCGGCCGAACUGGAACCCCGAAAAGGGCUUGAGAUAUUCGACUGGUGGCCCAUCUGUCGUUGUCUACUGUGACGAUCUGCUUGUGACUAAGUUGCGCAGGUAA